CACACGAGCCAUUGACACAGUCACGUGUACUGCAGCGUUAUGCUUACAGAACUUUGUGUUUUUAAAUCACAGCACUGAACAAGCAGCGCAGGUAAGCAUCCGAGCGUCCCUCCUCUGUGCAGACUGGCCGCGCCAGGUUCUGCAGCGUGCAUUGGUGAAGCUGCCGCAUUUAUUAGGUGGGAAAAUGAGAAACAAACGAACCAAGUCAGAGGAGUCUGGAUCGAAGAGUAAAGCAAAGCGAAAACCCGAGCAGAACGCAUCUUCAACUCCCUCCAAAAAACUGCGACAGAAAAAAGAUGGAGAAACAUCGAAAGCAGGAGUCCCAUUCAGAUUUGCAGGAGUCCAGAAGAGAGCUGGGUUCGGGAGCAUCCUGCAUUAUAUUUAUAAAAGCACUCUGGGCCAAAGUCUGCACACACAGAUGAGACAGUGUCUCCAGGAGCCUUUUCUUCGCUCCCUGUCGUCCUACGCAACAUGCGGCGGGACCAGUCCCUUCGACCGCAGGAUCACCUGUCUGGAGUGGCACCCCACUCACCCCAGCACUCUGGCCGCCGCCUCCAAGGGUGGAGACCUUUUGCUGUGGGACUUCAAGGAGCCCACAAAGCAAGCCUUUGUUCAGGGGAGCGGGGCGGGAGACAGUAUCGGAGGGAUGAAAUUUUGCCCCAGCGACCCUUCCAGAGUCUAUGUGGCCUCGGGCCAGGGCACACUGACCCUGCGGAACUUUGAGGGCCACGCCCCCAUCGCACUGUCCAAAACUCAGGACUGUGACCACUAUCACCACGAUGUUUGUUUUUGGUACUGCUGUGUCGACGUGUCUCUGAGUCGACAGAUGCUUGUGACUGGAGACAAUAUAGGAAAGCUCUUACUACUGAGCUUGGAUGGACAAAUGAUAUUUACUGACAAGUUGCACAAAGCCAAAGUGACUCAUGCCGAAUUCAACCCCCGGUGCGACUGGCUGCUGGCGACGGCCUCCGUCGACCACACGGUGAAGCUUUGGGAUCUGAGGAAGAUGAAAGACAAGACCAGCUUCCUGCAUGAAAUGCCUCACGACAGAGCCGUCAAUUCAGCGUAUUUCAACCCGAUGGACUGCUCCAAGUUGCUCACCACAGAUCAGUACGAUCAGAUCCGUGUGUACUGCUCCUCUGACUGGUCGAAGCCGCAGCACAUCAUCCAGCAUCCGCACAGACAGUUUCAGCACCUCACACCCAUCAAGGCCACAUGGCAUCCUGUGUAUGACCUGAUUGUUGCUGGGCGUUACCCUGACGACCGGAUUUGCACCGGCGACCAGAGGACCGUUGACAUCUUUGACUCCAACUCCGCAGAGCUGGUGUGUCAGCUCCUCGAUCCCGCUGUUGGAGGGAUCAAAUCUGUCAACAAAUUCAGUCCGUUGGGUGACGUGCUUGGAACUGGCAUGGGUGUGACGGUGCUGGUCUGGGACCGAAGCGAGGUGUCGGUCGGUGAAGAACAGGACGAGCAGGAGGACGCCUCGACCUCGGCGGACAGUUUGAGGAGGCAGAGUCGGAGUCGGCAGCGCUCCUGCAGGGACCGGAGGGCUCCGGCGAUGGAUGCAAAACUGAAGAAAAAACUGGCCUCUCUGGAGGAAACCAAGACCAAAACCGCGACUGAAAGUGCCAAACCAAAAAAGGCUCAGAUGAGGAAAAAAUAAGCUGUAAAAUCACCCGGGUGUAAAAGCUCCUUUGCUUCUGUUGUCAUUCGCUUGUGCCUAACUUCAGGGAUUGUUUCCAUGU